GCAGGUGAAGAACAAAAGCCUAAAUCUGGAGAUAAACCCCAAAAUGCACCAGCACAUCCAGGUUUCCAGAAAUGGCACUUCCUAUGCAAGCCUCUCCAUAUGCUUCUGGCUUUUGGACCCAUCUCUUGGCUGUGAUGCUGAACAUGGACUCUGAAGGCCCAGAAACGUGGGCAUUCUGAUCAUGGAGGACCUGGAUUGUACUGCUAACCCUCAGUGAGAUCCUGUGCUGGGGAUUCAUCACUCCUCAGGAGCUGAAGAAGACAGGACAGGACCUUCAUCCCUUGCAUACAGACCAACAGCCAGGGCGCCUUUGUCUUCUGGACGCCUCUUGGUUGUGAUCCCUACCCAGGGCAUCUUGUUUUUGGGGUGGCAGAAGGACGUUUGCAGAGCAGUGGCUCCCUGAGCACCCAUAAAAAGCAGCUCACGUCGCAGUCUUUGGUGUCGUGGCUCCAAGCUUGGAUGGGGACAACUCUCCACUGAUACCAGGAAGCCUGGCAUGCCUCAAGAAAACCUGUAUUUUUCUCUUCUGGUUCUCAAUGUGACUCCUACCCAGAAUGCACCAUGUCUCCCCGGCACCGGCUCUGACGAUGAUGGCCACGCAGACUGUGCCCCCUCCUCCCUACCAAGACACCCCACAGAUGACAGCAACAACCCAGCAACCCACCAAGGCUCAGCCCGUCCACCUCCCCACCUCGGCCACCACCGCCCCGGUCCCUGCAGCAGCUGGUGACCACCAGGCACAGCUGGAGGCUGACAAACGAGCUGUCUACAGGCACCCACUGUUCCCACUGCUGACUCUGCUCUUUGAGAAGUGUGAGCAGGCAACGCAGGGCUCCGAGUGCAUCACCUCUGCCAGCUUUGACGUUGAUAUCGAGAACUUUGUCCACCAGCAGGAGCAGGAGCACAAGCCCUUCUUCAGCGAUGACCCCGAGCUCGACAACCUGAUGGUGAAGGCAAUCCAGGUGCUGCGCAUCCACCUCCUGGAGCUGGAGAAGGUCAAUGAGUUGUGCAAGGACUUUUGCAACCGAUACAUCACCUGCCUCAAAACCAAGAUGCACAGUGACAACCUACUCAGGAAUGACCUGGGGGGGCCCUACUCCCCCAACCCCUCCUCCAUCACCCUCCACCCCCAGGAGAUGCUGCAGAGCUCACCUGCCGCACUGCCGCCUGCCUCCAACCCCCCGCCAGGCAUCGUGGUGCCGGCAGCUGCGCUAACGCCGGGCAACUUGGCCAUGAGCAGCGGCAGCGGCUCCCCCGCCGUCCCAGGUGGAGCCUUGUACCAGCCUGUGACAAUGGUCACGUCACAAGGCCAGGUCCUUGCUCAAGCCAUCGCCCCUGGUACCCUACAGAUCCCCAAUACCCAGGUGAACCUGGAUAUCACCUCCCUCCUUGAUGGUGAGGACAAGAAGUCCAAGAACAAGAGAGGUGUCCUGCCCAAACAUGCAACCAACAUCAUGCGCUCAUGGCUCUUCCAGCACCUCAUGCACCCCUACCCCACAGAGGAUGAGAAGAGGCAAAUUGCUGCCCAGACAAACCUGACCCUCUUGCAAGUCAACAAUUGGUUCAUCAACGCCCGGCGACGUAUCCUGCAGCCCAUGCUUGAUGCCAGCAACCCAGACCCAGCCCCCAAAACCAAGAAAAUAAAAUCUCAGCACCGGCCCACCCAGCGGUUCUGGCCCAACUCCAUUGCUGCUGGGGUCCUGCAGCAGCAAGGUGGCAAUUCAGGGACAAAUCCUGACGGCUCCCUCAGUGUGGACAACCUGCAACCCCUCUCAUCAGCCACAGCCACCAUAGCCAUGCAGCAGGCCAUGCUGGUGGCCCAUGACGACUCCCUUGAUGGCACCGAGGAGGAGGAGGAGGAGGAGGAGGAGGAGGAGGAGGAGGAGGAGAUGGAGGAAGAAGAAGAGGAGGAAGAGCUGCAGGAAGAGCCUGGUGGCCUCCCGGCAGCACCUGGUGCCGACCUCGGCUUGGACCACAGUGACUCACUGGAGUAAAGUCCUGCGCUCUUCCUAGAGCAGUGACAAGACCAGAAGCAAAAUUUCCCUCCCAAAAUGCCAAAAAAAGAAAAGAAGAAAGGCAAGAAUAAAAACUGAAUUGGUGAGAAAAAAGCAAACUGGAGGUGCUGGCGGAUGCCGCAGAUGCCCGCAGGAGCGCGGGGACCACCACUUCAGUGCAUGGAAGUGAAGGACACAUGUUUACAAGGCACAUAUUGUGACCAGAACAAUUUUUUUGUUUCCAGGUUUUAAACUUAUUUUUUUCCCUUUUCCCUUCCAUUUUUGGGUGAGAAAAAGCAUUUUUAGGGGGGAGUUGUUUCCCCCAGGCCAUGCUGAGAUGAUGUUGGGCGACAGCGGGUUUUCACCAUUGGGCCAACGCAUCCAUCGCUUGGAUUUCUUGGUGCUGGGAGUAAGUUUCCCCAGUGGUUUUGACACUGAAUCAGGAAAAAAAAAAAGGUGUGUGUGUGGGAGAAAUUGGUUUUAAAAAAAUGCAACUUUUCUCUCAAAAUUGAAUGGUGACCUCCUCCCUGCAAAUUCACCCAGGCAGAAGGAAAUUCAGUGUUGUUGCUGGGAAUGGUUUCUCCACAGGACUGUCCAUCCACAUGGGAAAAUGGUGGAGGUUUAUCCCAAAGGAGCCACAGGGGGAGGACAGCUCUGUGAAAAUAUAAUGUGUUUGUGAUGGGAUUUUUUUUUAAUGAAAGCAAAAGGGCAAAUUUCAAAUUAAAAUGUGAGACAGGGAGAAAUUCAAAAGCAAACCUGGGUGAGGCAGGGCAAAAAUAAUAACAAUUUUCUUCUUCAGGUUCCUCCUGUAAUUGCAGAUUUCUGUAAAAAGG